CUGGCAGCUGACACAAGGGCCCUUAACGGGGCCACACCUGUCCAUGAUGCUGCAGCAACAGGUCACACACGUGAACUACAGUGGCUGGUACAGGUAGCAGGAUGCAAUGUAAAGGAUCAGGACUCUGGAGGGGCUACUUCGCUCCAUCUUGCUGCCCGCUUCGGCAGAUUGGAGGCAGUCCACUGGCUGCUGAUUUACAGAGAUAUAGCAGAAGUGGAAACAAAAUGUGGUGCUCUGCCUGUUCACUAUUCUGCAUCAAAAGGUGACCUCACCUGCCUGAAGCUGCUUGUUGGUCAAGCUCCAGGGUGUGUUAAUCGACAGACUAACAUGGGCGCUACACCUCUGUAUCUGGCCUGCCAGGAAGGACAUCUAGAUGUAGCAGAGUACCUGGUGAAAGACUGUGGAGCUGAUGUGCAUCUAAGAGCCAAAGAUGGAAUGAUGCCACUGCAUGCCGCAGCUCAUAUGGGCCACUAUGCAGUGGUAGUAUGGCUUGCAAAGUUCACAGACAUUAGUCUGUCCAGUGAAGAUAAUGAAGGGACGACCGCUUUGCACUUUGCUGCUAGUGGGGGGCACAUUCAGAUCUUGAGGUGCUUGUUGCUAAUGGGAUCAGAGGUCAAGAAGGAUUAUUGGGGUGGCACACCUUUGCACGAUGCAGCAGAAAAUGGAGAGAUAGAGUGUUGCCGAAUUCUCCUGAGUCACAAGAUAAGCCCAAAAGAGAGGGAUGUAGAUGGCUUUACUGCUGCAGAUCUGGCUACAUACAACGGCCGAUUUGAUUGUGCCCGAUAUCUUCGCUCUGUGGAAAGAAAUCUCAACAGAAUAUCUCAGCUGAACUGCACAAUAGAGGAAGAACUAAGAGAGAAAUCAACUGUGUCAGAGCAACUCAGCUCAGAUUAUUACAGACAGAUCACCAGUGCACACAGAAACAUGGACAGCCUAAAGUAUCCAGACAUAGAAGAUUCACCACAAGCCCAUUACCCCCCUCCCUCUAUGUCAUCUUCACCUUCCACCACAAACCCCCCAGUCACCUCGACCUCAUCAUUUACUUCACAUGGGAAAACUGUUCAGCAUGUCCACAAGGCCACCACAGUGGUGAAGAACCUUAACUCCACUAUGCCUGCGAGUAAGCAGGCACCAGAGAAAGGGAGACUGUUAAUGGGUGAAAUGAAACUGGGAGAUGUAAAAUCUAUUGGCAGCCUUAAGAAAACUGGAUUGACAGCCGAUUUCACCAUUUCUAAUAAAAUAGUGGUGUUACCCACAGAGGAGGCCAAUUUGUCUGAUAUUGAUUACCUGGUACCCAUGCAUGAUGAGAAGGGAAGACCUAUAGCAGAGUGGAAGAGACAGGUGAUGGUACGACAGCUACAAUCUCGUUUAUUUGAGCAGGAAACUCAGAGGAUGAAGGAGAAUGGUUGUAGAUAUGCAAAGAUGGAUAGCUGGAGAUAUUCCCAGGCACACAAUGCCAUCCUGGGCCCAUUUGGAGAACUUCUAACAGAGGAUGACCUCAUUUAUAUGGAGAAACAAAUUGAGAAUGUGUCCAUGCAAAAAAACUCAGAAGGCUACGAAAUGGAACUUGCUCGUCUGGCCGAAGAACUUCGAAACAAUCUCCCGGCACCCAUAGUCAACUACACUGUCAACACCCAGUACAGAAACCUCUCAACACAGACUCACUUGCCUGUUUGGUGUAACCGCAUUUCAGGCAUUGUAAAGAGUAUGUCUCUGCUCAUGACCAACCUAACAGACCAGCCUUACUGCAAAAUGCCAAACACUGAGCUUGUAAAUGUCUUCUCCCAGGCUUCAGAGAGACAAGCCCCAAAGAGAGGCAGGAGGGAGAAAAUAGAAAAUGAGAUUCAUCAGUUUGGCGUCUCGGUGAGGAAUCUAAAGUCCAACUUUGAGAAUCAGAAUGCUUCCUCAUUAGAAGGCUCAGGGAGCACAGAGUCAUUCUGUAAACAAGAGCAGGAGCCAGUUGAGAAUGCAUUGGAUGAGGUCCUUCAAGUACAAAGACCUGAGGCUGACCAAAGUAUGAAUGAAUCAGGUACAGAACAUAUUAACAUCAGCAGUGUAAUGGAAAGUACAACCCUGCGAAAAGAACGCAUUGUGGUCUUGUUCCUUGGUCACUGGAAGAAAUCAGCAUAUACUGUAACUGUGCGAAAUGCACAGAGGAAGCAAAGCGUUGACUCACUGGAGAUAUCUAAGAAACCCAAGUGUGAACGUAAGAUUAGCUUGGAUGUUCCUCAAAAGACAACCAUGGAGAAUCGCAAAUUAGGACACUUCUUUAAGCAGAGAAGUGCUAUCAACAAGAUGAUUGGGAAUUGGAGAAGCAUGAUCUCAUUUGUCCCAUCACGGCAAAUCCGAAGACUAAACCGGCAACAGGCCAUUUACUCACCAGAGCAGUUCUUGCCUCGUGUGGAUGGAUCUCCUGUUGGCUAUGACACAUUGACUUUAGAUCUCUUCAUGCUUGGUUACUUUCACAUACUGGAGCUGGAUUUACCACCAGACGAGAGGAAAAUGAGACACCUUUUGUGUUUUGAAGUUUUUGACCAUGUGGGCCGCUUCACCUGGGAGACUGUUCGGGAAUUCCACAAGACUGUAAUUCAGGACAUUGAGGCUGGGAACCGAGAAUGGAAGGAUGGAUUUGAAGACAUCAAAGUGACAUUUUUUAGAGAUGGAUCAGGUCAACCAGGGCUUGAACACUCAGAACAGACACCCACGGUAGAAACUAGGCAGGUUCCUAAAGUCAUUGUUCAAACACCCACUCCAGAUGAGGGUGAUGUCCCCAGAAACAGUGCUGAUUUUACUAGUCUUAGCAAUGAAGAUAUAUGCAAAUAUAUUGACCGUAGUUUUGCUUUCUGGAAAGAAAAAGAGGCAGAGAUAUUUGAUUUUGAGGACUGACAACAUUUUUUUUGAGGAAACAAGCAUAAAGACUUCACUAUCUUUACAAUCUUCAAUUUUUUGUAAUUUUACUGGAUUUGCCAUAGUAUUGGGACCAAUAUUUAUACAGUUGUGAAGACAUGCUUUUUUCUGUUUAUCCUUAAAUGAACUGACCUUUUUCCUGGACAGAGAUGAUCUUAAACCAGGACUAGACAUUUGAUAAAGUAGGAUAUUUAAGUCCUUUUCAAAAACAAACGAAUGUCUUAACAAAAAAAAUGGUCACACUUCAGUAUAGUUGUCAAUUCUCACUAUUAACAAACUAUUAACUACGACUUUUUCCCCAAUAAACUCUUAAUUUGUUUCUUAUUAUUAGUAAGGAAAUUGUCAGAUUAAGGUAUAUAUUGGGUGGGAUUAGGGAUGUAGAGUAUUGUAAUUCAGAAUAUUUGCUUUAUAAAUACUAAGAAACAGCCAAUAUGCCAAUUACAGCCAUGAUAAUAGCAACUAGUUCAUAGUGAGAAUUGCCCGCUAUACUGAAAUUGUUCCAAAACUAAACAUUGCACUUUGAGACAGAACAAUACAUAUUUUUUGAACAACACAAUAUAUUUUAAUAUGUCGGUGAAAGUUGUUUUUGAUCAUGAAACCUCUAACAUUUAAAUUAGUCUGUGACUAGGUGUUGCUAAUUUAUUACAUAGUCCUAAUUAGAAAUUAUUGUUACAAGUGAAGGAUCAGAAUUUUAAAAGCUCUAGUUUACAGAUGUGCCUU